CCACUGCACUUCUGUCACCCCGGCAGUUGGCAGAACGUGUGACCUGUCUGAUUGUUUGUGCUGUUCCAGAGCGUCUCAGGGGACAACUGAAAUGCUGGAUGUUUGACGUGGACGUGGACCUGGGCUUUGCCCUCUUCUUCGUGUUCCUGCUCUGCUCCUUCCUGUUGGUGACCAUAGUACGCUGCGCCCAGAUGGUGCUGAACCCUUACAGAUCCAUCUCUGUGUCCUCGUACCAGCAAGAGCCGGAUGAUAAUGGGGGGUGACCCACUCACAGCCCUGGUCUGUACUACCAGAGGGGUAAACAUACAAGAUGUACCCACUCAAAAGAUGCAACUGCCCUCUGGAAAUACGAUUGUAAUGUAGAAUGGAUUUGACUUUGUCCUUUGAACAUUUUUCAACACAAAUUCGAUUCAUUUUUCUAGCUUUUUGUAUGCCUCUUUGAUCGUAAUUUUAUAUGUACAUUAACCUCCUAAUGAAACAGAAUCCCAUGAAUGUGUCAGAGAGAAUAAAUAUUCAA